CAAGAUAUACUGGACUUUACAGACCCUGAAGAUGACGAAUACGAAUUAAGCACACUCUUUCUCGAACUACCUUCCAAAAAGCUAUAUCCUGACUAUUAUCAAAUCAUCAAGCAUCCUAUCGCCUUGGAGAAUAUAAAGGCAAAGAUCGAUGCGAAAGAAUAUACAACUUUGUCCCAAUGUAAAGCAGAUAUUGACUUGAUGGUAUCCAAUGCCAAAAAAUACAACAUGAAGGAUUCACAAGUAUAUGAUGAUGCAGUCAAAAUACAAAAAUUCGUUAAAGGGUGGACACCACCCAAGGAAAAAGCCAUCGUAAAACUUCCUGCCCGUGCCUUCAAUCAUUCCCCAACACCUUCCUCCUCUACAAACAAAAUUAAGGCGAUAAAGCUUCGCGCAGUAGACAAACCCAAAAGUAACUGCAGCAAUAUAAAGGAAUUAAUGGAUGCCAUUAGCAAAAAGGAAACAAAACGUGCUUUAGAGUUACUGGAAGAGGAUCACCAUUUAGACCCAAACGAGUUGGUCAAGGUAGAGAUGUUUAGUGAUACAUUUACGUGGUCUCCGCUUCAUGCUGCCUCGUAUUAUGGCGAUGUUAAAUUAGCUGAAGCCUUGAUCGCGAAGGGUGCAAAUAUCGAAUUAAACGAUACAUGGUAUUCAGCAACUCCCUUAGGAUGGGCAGCGUUUGGAGAUAAGGAAAAGGUCGUACGAUUACUUGUACAGAAAUAUCAUGCCAAUACCAAGGCCAAAAAUAUUCAUGGACAAGUACCAUUUGAUGUCGUUUCUAAUCAAGAUGAUCCCAGAUGGAUCGGUCUAUUGAAACCAGUGACGCAUACCAAAUUACAAUUGCAACAAAAGCCCCAACAACAACAACAGCAACACAUACAGCAGCAGCAACAGCAGCAGCAGCAGCAAUCACAGCAUCAUUCUAGUAUGGCACCACCAUCACUCCCUGUUCAACAAGCACAAUUAAAAGCUCCAGCGCAACCACAAUACACGGCGGAUGGACAAUCCAUUCGAAAGAGAAGAGGUAGACCACCCAAGAGUGAAACGGAUGCUGCUGCUGUUCGACCUACCAAAGAAAUUGAUAUAUCUACUUUUGACCCUGUUGCAUUUGAAAUUGAGCUUUUCAAUGCGAUCAGAACCCACACGGACAAUUUGGGUCGACUUUAUUCAGAGUUAUUUGAAGAUUUACCCGACCGAUCAGAAUAUCCUGAAUACUACAAGACCAUCAAGAACCCAAGAUCCUUAUCUGAAAUUGCAGAAAAGAUGCAAACCAGAGCUUACCCAAACCUUCAUAGUUGGAUGAACGAUAUGAAACUGGUGUUUGAAAAUGCCUUGAAUUUCAAUGAACCGGGAUCACGUAUCUUUCGUGACGCUAAAUUGUUGAUGCGCUUAUUACAUCGACUCAAGGAACGUAUCUUGGCUAGAUUGGGUGUACCCAUCAGUCAAGAGGAUGCUGUCUUUCGAUUAAGUCUGUCAAAUCGUCCCUUUGAUGUGGAUGCCCUGAGUGAGGAUAAACGUAAAAUCAAACGGUUCUUAAACACCAAUAAAUCAAGAACUCAAAGUAUCGAACCUGAAAGUAAUCAAAUUCCAAUGAUCAAUCCUUACCUGAUCCAACAACAACAACAGCAACAACAGCAACAGCAACAGCAACAACAACAACAAAUGAUUUUGCAGCAGCAAAUUCUUUUACAGCAACAACAACAACAACAACAACAAUUACAACAACAACAACAACAGUCAUCCAUGAGUAUGCCUCCACCUCAAAUUAUGAUGCAACAACCCUUGUAUGAUGUGAAUGCAUUUGCAGGUCGACCCAACACACCCAUGACAGAGACACCGAAAUCACCCUUGGGUAAAGCCUCAGACGAGUUUUACGCCUUAUUUCGAAACGGGGGUUCAUUUCUAAACGCGAUGCGAUUAACGUCCGGGGAGGAGGAGGAAGAAGGGUUUAACAUGAUGAUUACAGGGGAAUAUUUAGGACAUAGUAUUGUGAUUCCCUCUCGAGUACAAACGUUGGUGAUUCGACCUGAAUUCCCAUCUGCAUUCAAAGAAGAGGAAGGACGUGUGAGUAUCACUAUUUUGCAAAACAAUCUUCGUUUAAACAAUGCUGCGACGAAGAAGGAUGUCUGGACCACGGUACCUUUUACAAGAGGAACUAAUGCUUUAAAAAUUAAUAUCACUGCCAAUAUUACUCAACCUGAUUCAAACAUUCCAGAAUAUAAAUCUCAAAUUUAUCAUUUGUUUAUUACACAAACUUGGUAAAUAUAUAUAAAUAUAUAUAUAUAUAUAUAUAG